AUGGACUUCAGAUUUCUGGAGGGCGGGGAGAAGGGAAGUCUUCCCGUCGUGGCGACCGUCUUCGACAAGCUCAACCAGGUGUAUAAAGAAUACCUGGAGGCGGAGCAGACCUACACCGUGGCGAUGGAGUCCGGUCCGAGUCGAGGCAGCGUGGCCCAGAAACGUCCGGUCCGAACUCAGGCGGUCAUCGACCAAUCAGACAUGUACACACACGUCCUGUCGUCGUUCACCGAGAGGAAGGGUGUCUCCCAUAAGUUCAUCAUUGCGGUUCUGAUGGAGUACAUCCGUUCUCUGAACCAGUUCCAGAUCACCGUACAGCAUUACCUGUAUGAGCUGGUGAUUAAGACGCUGGUGCAGCACAACCUCUUCUACAUGCUGCACCAGUUCCUGCAGUACCACGUCCUCAGCGACUCCAAACCACUGGCCUGUUUGCUGCUGUCCCUGGAGAGUACGUACCCUCCGGCACACCAGCUGUCACUGGACAUGUUGAAGCGUCUCUCCACGGCCAACGACGAGAUCGUCGAGGUUCUGCUGUCGAAGCAGCAGGUUCUGGGCGCGCUCAGAUUCAUCCGCAGCGUCGGCGGCCACGACAACGUGUCGGCGAGGAAGUUUCUGGACGCAGCGCAGCAGACCGGAGACCAGAUGUUGUUCUACACCGUGUUCAGGUCGUUCCAGCAGAGGAACCAACGGCUGAGAGGAAGUCCCAACUUCAACCCGGGAGAGCACUGUGAGGAGCAUGUGGUUCACUUCAAGCAGCUGUUUGGGGAUCAGGCUCUGAUGAAGCCCUCCACCGUGUGAACCACCGGGACCAAACCACACACAGACUGGAAACUGGAUCACGGCAGACCGGUCGGACCGGCUCUCCGUCAGUUCGGACGCGCAGGAGACGACCUGACGGGGCGGCGGACCACCACAGGGAACAGAUGAUUGUGGUUUGAAUCCGGGACCUUCGACCACAUUGACCGACGGCCAGAGCUUCUUUAUGAGUGAUAUUUUAAUGAUCCUAUAUCGGUGUGAACACACUCUGAUAACUGACUGAUAACUAGAUUAUCCCUCCACCAGUCAGGCAGUGAAACAAAGCAUUUAAUAAAAGAAUAAUACAGAGAAGAGCUUUUAAUGUCAUUUAACUUCACAACACUUAUAAUAUGAAUAUAGAAAUAUUGUAAUAUAUUCUGCAGGCUGAAUGUGAGGCUUUGGUGGUCCCUGGUUUAACCGGAUUAUUACCCCUGUACGGUGGCACGUCAGCACCUGAUCCAGGUUUCUGGAGCUAAACAAGGACAAACUACAAACCUGCAAUAAAGAAUAAAGUCUACCUGAUAUUAUGGGAUGGAUUCGACUGAUCACAGAUAUAUAUUGAUGAACAUUUCGAUGAGGAUCUCUUAAUCAAAUCCUUUUUAUUUUCAGCAGAAUAUCAAAGAUACUUUUAGAGGAAUUGUUCUACCAUGAACUGAUGAAUGUGGAAGAAAAACAUUUAUGAAAAUCAGUGAAAUUAGUAAGGUGUUCCCAGGAAGUGCUAAUAAAACCAUGAGGAAUCAGUCGGCUGUGAUAAUAAACGCUUCAUUAACAUUAUUCAUUUGACAAACGAAGGCUUAAAAUACUAAAACUUUACUCUUUUUUUGACUCAGUUGAUCAGAAACCUGCCAGAUCAAUAACCAGGUUGAUGAUAAUCAGCAUUAUACUGACUGACUGUAAGCGGCUCAGGUGAUGUCACUGUGAUGUCAGGUGUUGUGGGCGGGGCCAGAUGCUGCGUGUGAAUAUUUUGUACAUAUAACGACUGACGGUGACUCUAAUGUGUUUCUUUUGUAAAGAAUUACUGCGUAUUGGAGUAAAAUGUCUUUAACUGCUCUGCUGAGUGAUGUUAAAGAUAUAAAGAUAUAGUGUGUGUGCGUUAUUAAUGUUUACAUUGUGUACAGAUAAAAGAUUAAACUACA